AAGUCAUUUUCAUCUUAUUUACUGAGUCGAUCGCUGAGGAUUUAUAAAAACAAGCAUCAGUAUGAGGAGGUGCUGUGGUCUUGUGUCUCACAUAAAUGUGCCAGUUCCUCUGAAGAGCAUCUCAGUGCAGCUGCAGGUUCUGGAUCAUGUGGCCUCUGUCAGCUCCAGUCUGCAGUAUGUCAAUGAGGAGGAGCAUCCGCUGGAGGCCGUGUUCAUCUUCCCGCUGCCCAGGGAUGCCGCCGUCUGCCACUUCAGUGCCAAGAUCGGAGAGCAGGAGAUUGUGGCGGAGGUGCAAGACAAACAGAGCGCGCUGGAUCAGUAUGAUGAUGCUGUGAGUUCGGGUCAGCAGGCGUUUCUGUUGGAAGGGAGCGAUGAGAGUUCGGGUGUCUUCAAACUCAGUGUCGGCUGUUUGUCUCCGGGUCAGAAUGCCUCCAUCACCAUCAUCUAUGUGAUCGAGCUCAGCGUUCAGGCCAACCAUGCGCUGCACUUCUGUCUGCCAGCUGUACUCAACCCCAGAUACACACCCGCAGCUUCAGCUGCUGGUGUUCCAGAAAUUUCCUCAGCAUGUGUUAUUCCGUACACACUGUCUCUGACUGUCGAUGUGAGAUCGUCAGACCGCAUCUCCAGACUGGAGUCCAGCUGCCCUCUGGAUCCUCUGGUGUUCCUCAACUCUGACCACACUCACGCCACGGUGAAUCUGAGUGCUGGUCACCAGUUCGAUAAAGAUGUUGAGCUGCUUCUGUACUAUGAGAAUACCCAUCAGCCCACUGCUGUCGUGGAGGCUGGAGCAGCCACAGCUCAGCCAGGCUCUCUGAUGGGCGACCCGGUGCUCAUGAUCAGUUUGUACCCAGAGUUCCCUGCAGACCUGAUGGCAUCAUUGGAAUCUCAAGGUGAGUUUGUUUUUGUAGUGGACAGAUCACGCAGUAUGCGCUGCAAAAUGCAUCGUUGGAAAGGCGCACGGAUGCGCAUCAAAAGUGCAAGAGACACGCUGCUGCUGCUGCUGAAGAGUCUGCCCAUCGGAUGCUACUUCAACAUCUAUGGAUUCGGCUCUCACUUUGAGUCCUUCUUCCCUCAGAGUGUUGUGUACAGUGAGGACACAAUGGAGGAGGCUCUAAAGAGAGUGAAGAACAUGAAGGCAGACAUGGGCGGCACAGAGAUCCUACAACCUCUGAAACACAUCUAUAGUCAGCCCUGUUACCCUGAUCACCCCCGACAGCUGUUCAUCUUCACUGAUGGAAAGGUGCAUAACACUAAAGAGGUACUGGAUCUGGUGAAAAGUCACGCCUACUCUCACAGGUGUUUCUCCUUCGGGAUUAGCAAGAGUGCGAGUGCAGCUCUCAUCAAAGGAAUGGCCAGAAAAAGUUCUGGUCAUGCUCAGUUCAUCAGAGGCACUAAACGCAUGCAGCCCAAAGUGAUGCAGUCACUCAGGUUUGCUCUUCAGCCGGCUGUGGAUAGUAUCUCUGUGGACUGGACCAUUCCUGAAGGCGUUACGGUGGACAUGCUGUCCCCACCCAUCAGUUCCCUGUUUCAGGGUCAGAGGGCGCUCAUCUAUGCUCAGCUGAAAGGACAGAGUUCAGGAAAGACAGAAGGGGCAGUAACUCUGAAAUACAGGCUGAAAGAUCAACCAGUGACUAACCAGCUCCAGUUUACUCUUAAACCAACAGAAGACACAGGACGGAUGAUCCAUCAGUUGGCAGCCCGGUCUGUGAUCCGCUCUCUGGAGCGGGCCAGAGGAGCAGAUGCAGAGGCCAUCAGGAGCAGGAUCGUGGAACUCAGUGUUCUGGCAGGAGUUAGCAGCAUUCAUACAGCCUUCAUCUGCAUCAAUAAAGAUAACAAACAGACCAUCCGAGGGCCACUGCUGCAGAGAAGAGUGCCAUUAUGCUAUAGAUUCCAGAAGUUUCCAGUGAUGUCUUACUGUAAGAGAAACCGCGAAUCAGUGGCUCCUGUGGUUAUAAGGAGGAGAGGUAGACCACCAACUGGUAUUUUUAUCUAAAUAUCUUUUUUCUCCAAUAUCUGAAUGUCACUGUUUGAUAGAUUGUUUUAGAUCGCUAACAGGCACGUCACUCAACUUGUUUUGUUCUUUUUUGAAGGGUUUUUUCUUAUUGUCUUUUUCUCCAUAUCUGAAUGUCACUGUUUGAAUGAUUGUUUUAGUAUAUUUUAGCAUAUGCCCUUAACAGUUUCUCUGUAUUCCUCAAACAGCGGCUCUCUAAUGGCUCCUCCAAAGUGUAAGACAAGAUACUUCACUAAGUUGUUCUUUCUUUAUAUGAAUCUAAAUGUCUUUUUCUUAAUGUCUUUGAUUUUAUCAUGUGCAUGUGGCUGAAAAGUGUACAACAUUUCUUACCACACCCACCGUGUCUGUCAUUUGCUCCUCCUGCCACACUGCCCUAAACAAUAACUAGAGCUAAUAGAAAUGACUUAUGGGUAAAUGUUGAUUCCUGGUGUAGCACUCUUUAAAUACUCUUAAAUAUCUCGGAUAUGUAGACGUUGCCAAUUGGAAGAUCAACAAAUGGCCAACAAAUGAAGGUCUGCUUAUGGAAAUUAAAUAUAUUUCUCAAGGGUUUUUGUGCUUUUGCUUUAAACACUUUAAGUUUAAAUAGUGCAAAAACGCUGCUUGAAGAUCAUUUCAGAAUUAGAAAUUUUAUUAAUGGAAUUGGAACAAUUUUUUUUCUUUUUCGAAGGUAUGUUAUUACGUACAGUAGCAGCCUGUAUUAAUUCACCAUACUUCAAUUUUUUUUUUUUUUUUUUUUUUUUUCGCAUUUUGCCAUGUACAGCUGAACUGAUGACAUCGUGAUGACAUCAUCACUACAUUUGUCUGAUGAUGUAAUCGUCAUUAUCACAGCUAUUUUGUCUGUGUAUUUCAGAUGAACUCGAGCCCCAGACAGACCCUUUGCUCCAGCUGGUCUCUCUUCAGAAGGCCACGGGAUGCUGGGAACUGAACGCAGCGCUGGCCGACGUGUUUGGGAAGACUGAGGACGAGGUGGCCAAUCACAGACCGGUGCA